CGACCUGCGCCCUCCCAAUUCCCCGCCGCCGGCCGCCCCGCCCGCCCCCGUCCGCCCCGCCGCCGCCGCCGCCCGCCCGCGAACCAUGGGGUUCGUGGCGCUGAAUCGCCUCAUGUUCAAGCAGAAGGAGCGGAGGCGUCGCCGGCGAAUCCACAAUCAAAAGUCAACUAAAGUGCCCAAGAAAAAGGACUCACUCUGCCAAGAAGAUGAUCAUUCUGAGGGUGGUAAAAGGUCAAGAUAUCCAGGGUCAAACCUUCCUGAGGAUAUCUGGUGCCAUAUACAUUCCCUAAUGCCACUGCGAGAUGCUGCCCAUUCUGCCUGUGUAUCUCAUGCAUUUUUACGUUCUUGGAGAUGCCACCCCAAUCUAAUAUUCACCAAGGAAACACUAUGCUUGAAACGAAAUGCACGUGCUGGUCGUGUAGCAAGGUGUUUCACCAUGAGAGUUGACCAAAUUCUGAAAAAUCACUUAGGCAUCGGUGUGAAGGCACUCUAUCUUGGAUUCCCUGAUUCUUGCAAGGUCGACACUUGUCGUCUUGAUCGUUGGCUUCAGAUUGGUAUCACACCUGGGAUUGAAGAAGUCACAGUUUUUCUGCCUAGAAAUUACAGGACAAAGUACAGCUUCCCAUGCUCACUUUUAUUUGGUGGGUGUGGAAACUCAAUUCGACAUCUCCGCCUCAGUGACUGUGCCUUCCGUCCCCCGGUUGGAUUUGAUUGUUUGAGAAGCCUGACAAAGCUGCAGCUGUAUACUGUGUGUACCACUGGGGAUGAGUUAGGGAAUCUUUUCUCCAAUUCUUUUGCUUUGGAGCAGUUGGAACUCAUCUAUUGUGGUGAGCUAAUCUCCCUGAAGAUACCAUUCUGGCUGGAGCGGCUCAGCUUCCUUCGUGUGUCUGAAUGCAAUAUGCUCCAAGUGAUUGAGAGCAAAGCUCCAAACCUCCACACUCUGGCACUCUACGGUGACCCAGUACACCUCACACUUGGAGAAUCAUCGCAGGUGAAGACCCUAGAUUUUAUGCUUUCAUAUAAUUGGAGCUCUGUCAGUUAUGCUAUUACCAAGCUUCCUUCCACUGUGCCAACUCUUGAAACUCUUACAGUAACUUCAUCUAGUGAGAAGGUUAAUGCACCUAUGGUAGCCGACAAGUUUCUUAAUCUGAAGUGCUUAGAGAUUCAUAUUUGUGCUAAGGCUUUUUCCCCAGCCUAUGACUAUUUGUCUUUGGUUUCGUUUCUGGAUGCUUCACCUGCAUUGGAGACUUUCAUCUUGAGUGUAAAUCAGAAUGAGGUGAAGCAUGAUUCUGUUUUCGGGAAUGCCUGGCAUAUGAGGCAGAUUCUUGGGGACAAACAUGCUAGUAUCAGGAAGGUGCAGAUCAAUGGAUUCUGCUCAGCAAAGAGCAUGGUUGAGCUAACUUGUCAUAUUCUCGAGAAUGCGACAUCCCUUGAAAGUCUUACAGUGGACACCAUAUGUGAUGGGUUCACUGGUGCAGAUGUGCAUAGAUGUUAUGUCCAAAACAUAAGCGAAUGCUGGCCCAUCCCCAGGGAUCAGAUCUUGGAAGCACAUAAAGCACUGAGGGCUGUAGAUAGGUACAUCGUGGGAAGAGUACCUCCUGCAGUUAAGUUUAAUGUUUUGGAGCCUUGCAGUCGGUGCCAUGCGAUAGAUGUUGAGUUACCAUAAGACCAUUCAAUUGCAUAUGUUUCUAUAACUGUUAUCUGAGUGCUUUUUUAGCUGCAUGUGUGUGAGGGUCGGGUUCAAUAAGUAACUAUGCAUCAUUGCAUAUGCUGUCAUAACUUUUACUUGUUUAGGUUGGGUCGGUGUGAUAUAUUACACUUGCGUUUUGUUUCUUAAUUUAUCACACUAUUUCAGUGU